UUAGUUCAUACAAUAAACAUUGAAAUUAAGCAAUUAACGAGUGAUUGCAUACAAAUAAAUAGAAAUAAAUGUAAGAUAAUAAUGGCAUAUGCGCCAACAAAUGAGUCAACAUCGACGGCAACAACUAGUGCAAAUAGGUCAAAUUUUACUAAGGAAGAAGUUGGAUGUCGUGUAAUUAGAAAUGAAAAGGAAUGGAAAUGGGGAAAGCAGGACGGCGGUGAAGGACAUGUCGGAACCGUGAGAAAUUUUGAAUCAUCCGAAGAAGUCGUCGUUGUAUGGGACGGAGGAACUGCUGCAAACUAUAGAUGCGCUGGAUCAUAUGAUUUACGUAUUUUGGAUAGUGCACCGACUGGAAUUAAGCAUGAUGGAACAAUGUGUGAUACAUGUAGGCAACAACCAAUUUAUGGAAUACGUUGGAAAUGUGCCGAGUGCAAUAAUUAUGAUUUAUGCUCAAUCUGCUAUCAUUCUGAUAAGCAUCAUUUGCGUCAUCGAUUUUAUCGAAUCACAAUUCCUGGUGGUGACAGAGUUUUACUCGAUCCUCGUCGUAAAUCGAAGAAAAUUGCAGUCCGAGGAAUCUUCCAAGGCGCCAGAGUCGUUCGAGGUGUCGACUGGCAGUGGGAGGAUCAAGAUGGAGGCAAUGGACGUCGUGGAAAGGUUAUAGAAAUUCAAGAUUGGGCAGCAACAUCGCCAAGAUCUGCAGCAUAUGUUUGUUGGGAUAACGGUGCCAAAAACCUAUAUCGUGUUGGAUAUGAAGGCAUGGCAGACCUAAAAGUUGUUAAUGAUGCAAAAGGUGCAACAGUUUAUCGUGAUCACUUGCCAUUACUUGGUGAGAAUAGUGCAACGAAGGGCCACAAUGGCUUUCAAAUAGGUGACAGUGUGAUUGUUGAAUUGGAAUUAGAGGUUGUACAGUCAUUCCAGCAUGGACAUGGUGGAUGGACUGAUGGCAUGUUUGAGUGCCUUAAUAAUCCAGGACGUGUUGUUGGUAUUGAUGAGGAUCAUGAUAUUGUUGUCUCAUAUCCAAGUGGAAAUAGAUGGACAUUCAAUCCAGCUGUUCUUACGAAGAUGGCAUCAAAUAGUACGGAAGAUUCAGCAAGUCAAUUUGCUGUCGGUGAUUUUGUGAAAAUUUGUAGUGAUUUAGAGAGAAUAAAGAUAUUGCAACGAGGACAUGGUGAAUGGGCAGAAGCGAUGAUUCCUACAUUAGGAAAAGUGGGGAGAGUCCAACAAAUUUAUUAUGAUAAAGAUCUUAAAGUAGAGGUAGGAAAUACGUCAUGGACUUAUAAUCCUUUAGCUGUUACGAAAGUUGCAUCAUCAUCUGAUGGAUCAGUUUCGGCAGUUACUGCCAAUGGUGAACGACUAUCAGCAAUUUUAAAGAAGCUCUUUGAGCCACAGGUCUCAUCAAAUAUAACCGAGGAACUCGUUAAAGCAGCUGCUAAUGGAGAUGCUGCAAAAUGUGAAAUGUAUUUGAAUCCAACAGGUCAAAUAACGCCACAACCUCAACAAAGUGAUCAGGCAUCAGCCACAACUCCAUUAAGUGAUCAAGACGCUAGUGCACCCUCAACAUCGACUGGAACUCCGUCAGGCAUCAAUCAAGCGAAUGUGAAUGGUGUUUUUGCCGGACAUACAAGUCUACAAGCCGCAAGUCAAAACGGUCAUUUAGAUGUGAUCAAAGUGCUUCUUAAAUACAGUGCUGACGUUGAGAUUGAGGACAAAGAUGGUGAUAGAGCUGUUCAUCAUGCAGCAUUUGGCGACGAGCCAGCUGUUAUUCGUUUACUUGCACAAUCCGGAGCGGAUUUAAAUGCACGAAAUAAGAGAAGACAAACAGCACUUCAUAUUGCCGUUAAUAAGGGUCAUAAUAAUGUCGUGAAAACAUUAUUAGAGUUGAGAUGUCAUCCGAGUCUUCAAGAUUCCGAAGGUGAUACACCAAUGCAUGACGCUAUAUCUAAAGAUAAUGACAUUUGUUUGACAUACUUGUUGGAGUAUGGAGCUGAUGUGACACUGACUAACAAUAACGGAUUCAAUGCAAUACAUCAUGCUGCGCUGAAAGGAAAUCCAACGGCAAUGAAAAUUCUUCUGUCAAAAAUAAAUCGUCCAUGGAUUGUGGAAGAAAAGAAAGAUGAUGGCUAUACAGCACUACACCUAGCAGCUCUCAAUAAUCACGUAGACAUUGCAGAUCUCCUCAUUAACAUGGGCAAAGCUAAUUUAGACAGACAGAAUGUUAAUUUACAGACAGCACUCCAUUUGGCUGUUGAACGUCAGCAUGUUCAAAUAGUCAAAUUGCUAGUUCGUAAGGGAGCUAAUUUAAAUAUUCCUGAUAAAGACGGUGAUACACCGUUGCAUGAAGCAUUAAGACAUCAUACGCUUUCGCAGUUGAGGCAAUUGCAGGAUGUAGAGGGCUUUGGAAAGAUCUUAAUGGGACUGAGAAACAACACUGACAAAAAAGCAUCUGCAUCAAUUGCCUGUUUCCUAGCUGCCAAUGGAGCUGAUUUGACAAUAAAGAAUAGAAAACUACAAACACCUUUAGACCUAUGCCCUGAUCCAAACCUGUGUAAGAUUCUCAUAAAAUGCUAUAACGAAAAGCACACCGAAGACAUCGAAUCGACAUCAAUGGAUGAGAAAAAUCUCAGCAAUGCAGUUAGCAAUAAUGAAAGUCAACAGAAUCAGCCAACGAAAAUUGAGGCGCCGGAUAUUAGUGCAGAUGAAUGUCUUCUAUGCUCUGAGCAGAAGAGAGAUACUGUAUUUAAGCCUUGUGGACAUGUGGUGUCGUGUGAAGCAUGUGGAUCUCGUAUUAAGAAAUGUCUGAUUUGUAGGGAGACUGUGUCAUCAAGGGAGAAGAUUUCCUCAAAAAUCUUCCAGAUUGACGAGUGUCUUGUAUGUUCAGACCGAAAGGCAUCAGUAUUCUUCAAGCCUUGCGGUCAUCUGGUUGCAUGUGAUCAUUGUGCACCAAUCAUGAAGAAAUGUGUUCAAUGUCGUACAUCGAUCGAGCAAAUGGUUCCAUUCUCAGUGUGCUGUGGCUCAACAGGUACAAUCGCUAAAGUCUUACACAAUAUCGAUGACCAUAAGAAAGAUGCUAACAUUCUACAAGGAACAAAUCAUAAUGGACAUAAUAUUAAUAUGAACAAUUGCAGUGCAAUCAAUAAUAAAUUUAUGCCAACACCUUCAUCAUCGUCGUCAGCACAAUCAACUUAUAAUAAUUUGAGUGGAACGAGUGGAAUCCACAAUAAUAAUUUGAAUCUUAGUUCCAAUAACAAUAAUAAUACUAAUAACAAUAACAACACAAAUAAGCCUGAACCACAGCCGCAACCGCAGCCCCAACAAUCACAGCAACCUGAUUACAAUGUAAACUUAUUCGAUGACAUGCAAAAAUUGCAGCAACAACUUCAAGACAUUAAGGAACAAACGAUGUGUCCCGUAUGCUUUGACAGAAUCAAGAACAUGGUCUUUCUUUGUGGCCAUGGCGUUUGUCAAUAUUGUGGAGAUCAAAUCGAAGGAUGUCCAAUCUGUAGAAAAACUGUUGAGAAACGUAUUUUGCUGUUCUAACGACCGCGUUAAGUUUAAUUUUCAAGCAAUUAUAUCAAAAUGAUUUGUUUGUUUCAUGAUCAAAAGGAAUCAAUGAGAAACUGUUGAGUUUCGUUGUCAAUUUUUUUUUUGCUAUUAUUGAAGGGGGGGGUGUAUGUUUU